CCGAGUUAAAGAUGGCGGAGAUCGAAGGAGAUGAGACCGUUCGGCCCGCUCCUCCGUCUGUGCUCCCCGCCGCGCCUCGCGUUAACGGCUCGGGGAUGCUCGGUUCCGGGAGCCAAACCCCGACCAUGGUAGCUUCUGGACCGCGUGUGGUUCGGAUAAUAAAGUCAGAAUCGGGAUAUGGAUUCAACGUCCGCGGACAAGUGAGCGAAGGCGGCCAGCUGCGGAGCAUUAACGGGGAACUGUACGCUCCUCUCCAGCAUGUCAGCGCGGUGUUACCCGGCGGAGCUGCGGACCGGGCCGGUAUCGUAAAAGGAGACAGAAUACUAGAAGUGAAUGGGGUGAGCGUGGAGGGGGCGACACACAAGCAGGUGGUGGACCUGAUCCGGGCUGGAGAGAGGGAGCUGGUGCUGACCGUGCUCUCCAUCCCGGCGCAAGAAGCAGAUGGACUCGACACCAGCGAAGAAGGUGCAGUUCAGCCCAAUUACGACUACAGCGACAAACAGGCUGUCCCCAUUUCAGUCCCCACAUACAAACACGUGGAGCAGCACUCGGAGAAGUUUGUGGUGUAUAAUGUGUAUAUGUCCGGCAGACAGCUGUGCUCGAAGCGCUAUCGAGAGUUUGCGAUACUUCAUCAGAACCUGAAGAGAGAGUUCUCCAACUACACUUUCCCCAAGCUGCCAGGAAAGUGGCCUUUUUCGCUGUCUGAACAGCAGCUGGACGCUCGCAGGAGAGGAUUAGAGGAAUACAUGGAGAGAGUGUGCUCAGUGCGGAUCAUAGGUGAGAGUGACAUUAUGCAAGAAUUCCUGUCUGAAUCAAAUGAGAACCACAACGGCAUAACGGAUGUGGAGCUGCGAAUAGCACUGCCUGAUAAAACUACAGCCUCAGUGAGGGUUCAGAAGAACAGCACCACUGAUCAGGUUUACCAGGCUCUUGUUGUGAAGGUUGGGAUGGACAGCAUGAUGGCCAGUUAUUUUGCUCUUUUUGAAGUUAUUAACCAUUCGUUUGUGCGCAAACUGGCUCCUAAUGAGUUUCCACACAAGCUGUAUGUCCAGAACUACACCUCAGCGGUUCCCGGGACGUGUCUGACCAUGCGCAAGUGGCUCUUCAGCACACAGGAAGAGGAUCUGCUGCGGGACAACCCUCUCGCCCUGCACUACUGCUUCCAUCAGGCACAGGAUGAUGUGAAGAAGGGAUUCAUUAAAGCGGAGGAUAAAGCGUACCAGCUGCAAAAACUAGCAGAACAGAGAAAGAUGACAACGUAUCUGAGUCUCUUGCGUUCAUGUGAAGGAUACAAUGAGGUGACAUUUCCUCACUGUCCCUGUGACUCUCGGAGGAAAGGUCACGUGAUCACAGCCGUCAGCAUGAAGCAUUUCAAACUGCACGCCUGCACAGAGGACGGCACUCUGGAGAAUCAGGUGAUCAUGUUUGAAUGGUCGGAGAUGCAGCGAUGGGACACGGAUGAGGAGGGAAUGGCCUUCUGCUUUGAAUACGUGCGGGGAGAAAAGAAACCUCGCUGGGUCAAAAUAUUCACUCCAUAUUUUAACUACAUGCACGAGUGCUUUGAGAGGAUUUUCUGUGAGCUCAAAUGGAGGAAAGAGGUUGAAGAGGAGGCCUCAGACAAAGGCAAUAAGAACUGUAGUAAUAACGAAUACCUCUCGCCGCUGGAGCAGCAGAAGGGAUGGCGCCACCUAGGGGGCGAGAUAGCCACGUCCUAAACCUCCUCUCCAGAUGCCCUGUGGGAAACAGCAUCAGUCACACUAGAGCAGACCACCA